UCUAUGAAUAGUUUUCUUUAGUUUUAAAAUUUACCAGUUUUUAACAUUUUUAUGUUAUUGAUUUAUGUUUCUGAUUGCAUCAUUUUUCCAUAGGGCUGGAAUUUACAUAUCUUAGGGCCUACCAAGCUAAUUAUUUUUUUUAAGAUUUAUUUUAUUUAUUUGAAAGAGUUAAAGAGAGAGGUAGAGACAGAGAGAGAGGUCUUUCAUCUGCUGGGUCACUUCCCAGUUAGCCACAAAGGCCAGAGCAGAGCCCAUCAUCCGAAGUCAGGACCAGGAGCUUGUUUGGGGUGUCCCACGUGGGUGCAGGGGCCCAAGGGCUUGGGCCAUCUUCUACUGCUCUUCCAGGCCAUAGCAGAGAAUUGAAUCCGAAGAGGAGCAGUUGGGACUAGAAAUGAUGCCGGGACUUCAGGCCAGGGCUUUAACAUGUUGUGCCACAGCCCUAGCCCCUACCAAACUAAUUAUUUUUAUUUUUUUUUAUUUAUUUGAGAGGUAGAGUUACAUACAGUGAGAGGGAAAGACAGAGAGAAAGGUCUUCCUUCUGUUGGUUCACUCCCCAAAUAAAUGCAAUGGCCAGAGCUGCGCCAAUCCGAAGCCAGGAGUCAGAAGCUUCUUCCGGGUCUCCCACAUGGGUUCAGGGGCCCAAGGACUUGGACCGUCUUCUACUGCUUUCCCUGGCCACAGCAGAGAGCUGGAUUGGAAGCAGGGUAGUGGAACUAGAACCAGUGCCCAUAUGGGAUGCCAGCGCCGCAGGUGGAGGAUUAACCUACUGCACCACGGUGCCGGCCCCCAAACUAAUUAUUAAAAGUAGUUUGUUCUUGUAGUGGUCUGCUGUCUGUGAAGUAUUGGGAAGUGGUACUGAGUUAUUUUGAAGGCCAAACAUCAGUACUUCUGGGUGUUCUGUUUACCUCACCUAAUGAUUAAUUAAACUUAAUCUCUUCUUAGAGUGGUGGUCUUACUGAACACAAUAGUGUCAAUGUCCUUCUCGUUAUUCAGGAAGAUGUCUGCUAUGUGAGUGGGCUUGGGACCUUUGCAAUAGUUAAGGAGACUCUUCCUAAAUACAAAUAACCACUUACUACCUUAUCUGGUUUAUAUGUUUGUUAGAUUUUCUUAAGUAAUACAUGCUUAUAAUUAUUUUUAAAAAAUCUACAAUACCUGAAUAUGGAUGUUGUAGCAUAUUUUUUUGCUUGGUUUAAUUCCAAUUCAGAUGGAUUAAGUGGCAUUUUCUCCUGUGACAGUACUGAUCAAUUAUUCUGAAUUUUUUUUAAAGAUUUAUUUAUUUGAAAGAGUUAUGCAGAGAGAAGGAGAGGCAGAGAGAGAGAGAGAGAUAGAGAAAGAGAGAGAGAGAGAAUCUUUUAUCUGCUGGUUCACUCCCCAGAUGGCUGCAGCAGCCGGAGCUGCACGGAUCCAAAGCCAGGAUCCAGGAGCUUCUUCUGGGUCUCCCACGUGGGUGCAGGGACCCAAGGACUUGGGCCAUCCUUGACUUCUUUCCCAGACCAUAGCAGACAGCUGGACUGGAAGUGGAGCAUCCAGGACUCGAACUGGCGCCCAUAUGGGAUGCUGGCAUUGCAAGUGAUGGCCUUACCCGCUACACCACAGCACCGGCCCCUAUUCUGAAAUUUUAAUCGGAAUAGUUAGUAAUAUGUAAGGAUAGAACUAAAACUCCUGGUAUAUGUACUUUUUUGGUUAAUUUCUUUUGAGAGAUGCAUCAGAGAUUUAUUUGCCAAAUAAGAGAGCACAGUGAGCAGAAUUGCCUUGCCACUAUUUGUGCAUAUCAUGAAAACCUUUGCAGCCAUGCUAUACAUGCCUCAUUUUACUUCAGGCUCUCACUAAGCAGAGGCAUGCGGAAUUUACAUUUGAGUUUGUCAUUGUGUUUGUUUUUUAAGAUUUAUUUUAUAUAUUUGAAAGACAGAGUUACAGAGAGAGGUAGAUAACAAAGAGAGAAAGAGAGAGAGAGCUGUCUUCCAUCCACUGGUUCACUCCCCAAGUGGACACAAUGGCCGGAGCUGAGCCCAUCUGAAGCCAGGAGUCAGGAUCCUCCUCUGGGUCUCGCAUGCGGGUGCAGGGGCCCAAGGACUUGGGCCAUCCUCUACUGCUUUCCCAGGCUGUCAUGAUGAAGCUGAGUCAGAAAUGGAGCACUGGGACUCCAACUGGCACCCACAUGGGAUGCUGGCAUUGCAGGCCGGGGCUUUAACUCACUGAGCCCCUGCCCCAGCCCUGUUGUUUUUUAACGAUAUAAAAUAGUCAGUCCUUGGAGUCCUUGGGUCUUCACUUGCUGGGGAAUCAUCAGCUGUACACCUGAUUAUUGUAUGUUUGUUUUUCAUGUUAGAUUGACCUUUUCCGGUUUCCCUUGUUGAGGAAGUUGGAGUCUUCAUAACACCAGCUGUGUGUGGUAUCAGUUUGGAACAAUAAUUCAGGGAUGCAGAAUAUGUCUCACGUUUGUUUCCUGAAAUUGUGCAUUGAUAUCUUUUGUCAGUACACUUCCAAAUGAAUGAGAGCAACAUUUUCUAUUUUCAGUCAUUUCAAAGGAUGGGGAGCAGACUUGCAUCUGCAAAUUCAAACUUUACUUGAUACAGCUAAUUUGCUUAAAAUAAAAUAUACACACAAGAAAUGUUAACUGAAUCAAUUUCAUAGUUGUCAGAUCCUUUCUCAUAGUAACUUGAUUAUUUGAGGUUUUUUUUUUAGAUUUUUUUUUAUAUAUUCUUUUUAAAAGAUUAUUUAUUUAUUUAUUUGAAAGGCAGAGUUACAGAGAGGCAGAGAGAGAAAGAGAGGUCUUCCAUCCGCUGAUUUACUCCCCUAAUGGCCGUAACGGCCAGAGCUGGGCUGAUCCGAAGCUAGGAGCCUGGAGUUUCUUCCAGGUCUCCCAUGUGGGUCAAGUGGCCCAAGCACGUUGGACCAUCUUCUAUUGCUUUCCCAGGCCAUAGCAGAGAGCUGGAUCAGAAGUGGAGCAGCCGGGACUCAAACUGGCACCCAUAUGGGAUGCCGGCACUGCAGGCGGCAGCUUUCACCGGCUGUGCCGCAGCGCUGGCCCUGAGUUUUCCAAUUUCUCCAUUCUAUCUACUGCUAAUUGCAUCAGGACUUUUUUCUCACAUGAAGCUUUUCGGGAUUUUUCUCUGAUUAUUUUUUUUUUUUGAAAAGUAGAAUGAGAGAGAAAGAGACGGAGAGAUAAAGAUAUCUUCCAUCUGCUGGUUCAUUCAACAAAUGGUGUCAGUGGCUGGGGCUGGGCCAGGCUGAAGCCAGGAGCUUGGAAUUCCACCUGGGUCUUCCACAGGGGUGGCAAAGCAGCAGGCAUCUUCUGCUUUUUGAGACACAUUAUUUGGAGAGCUGGAUUGAAAGUGGAACAUUUGGGACUUAAACUGAUAUGAGAUGCACGUGUUGCAAACAGUGGCUUAACCUGCUGUGCACAACACCUGCCCCUCUACCUGACGUUUUAAAACAGAUUUUAUUUAUUUGAAAGGCAGGAAUACAGAAAGGGAGGCACAGACACAGAGACAGAGAACUGAAAUCCCCCGGUUUAAUCCCCAAAUGCCUGCAAUAGCCAGGGCUGGACCAGGCCUAAGCCAGGAGUCUGGAAUUUAUCCUGGGUCUUUCAUGUGGGUUGCAAGGACUCAAGUCCUUGAGCCAUUAUCUACUCUCUAAUUUGUACCUUAAAAAAAUUAAUGUUUGGGGUGGGCAUUUGGUAUAGCUGUUAAGAUGCCUCUUGGGGCACUCACAUAGUAGGAGUGCCUGAGUUCAAGUCCUGGCUCUACUCCUGACUCCAGCUUUCUGCUUAAUAUGCUCCAGAUAAACAGCAGGUGAUGGCUCAAGUAGUUGGGUUGACUUGGGUUGAGUUCUUGGCUCCUGGCUUUGGCCUGGCACACCCCAAGCUGUUGCAGGCAUUUGGAAGGUGAACCAGCAGGUCAAAGAUCUCUCUCUCUCUCUCUCUCUUUCUCUCAUACACACACACACACACACACACACAUACUCACACCCUUUAAAAUAAAAUAAAUGAACAUUUAUCCCAGUCGUUAAGUCACUAAGACUGUAUCAGAGUAGCUGGGUCUGACACCAAGCGCCAGCUUCCUGCUAAUGCAGGCUGGGGGAGGCAGCAGUGAUGGCUGAAGUAACUGGGUUUCUGCCAGCCAUGUGGGUGACCUAGGUUGAGUUCCCACUCCUGAUUUCAAUAGAGCCCAGUUCUGGCUGUUGAGAGGCUUCAGGGAGUGAACCAGUUCAAUCUGUGUCUCAAAUAAGUUUAAAAAAUUAAGGGCUAGUCCUUUUUCUUUUCUUUUUGAGUAAAUUCUUUGGGGAAUAGCAGUCAUCAAAUAAUUCCUUAAUACAGGGUCUAAUAAUCAAUGAAAGGUUGGGAAUUCUUGAGAAGAGAGAAGUGUAUAGCUUCAUGCCUAUUUCAUAACUCUUUCUGGAUUCUUCCUAGGGUGUUAGCACUCUAAACCUGAGAUACUAGAUGUUCUUUUUCUGUCCUAGAGUAUAUUUACGGAUGUCUCAGGCUGACAAGUAAAAUAGUUACUUGCUGCUUAAUAAAUCUCCCUGGGAAUUGUUUGUUACUGUUUGGGAAGCUCCUUCUGCAUGUUAAGAUUUGACUGUCCUGUGUUUUAUUAAAAGAACCCCUUAUUCUUGAAGCAGUAACAUUUCAUUUCGACUUUCAUGCAGUUGAACCAUCACCCUAACACUGACCUGCUCUACAGACAAUAAAGUCACCAUAUAUCCAUGACCACAUUUUAGUCCAAAUGAUACAGAAUAUGUUGUCACUUGUAUUGUUUGGGGUCACAGAAACAUAUCUGGGAUAAGUGAUAGCAUGACUUUUAUCAUGAGUCAGUGGAAUUGGUUAAUCUGGACAGGAAAUUAUUGGGUAUUUUACUCACUUAGCUAACUGGACUUUUGUUUGCUUUUGAGAAUUGAUAGUAGAAAUAAUGCCGAGUACCAGCUGCUAGGUUCUGUACUGUUUUGUAUCCAGCCAGUGUUUUGCACAGUGAGACGUGAUCAUUUAAGCCUCCUUCUCAGAAAACCUUGUUGAACAAAGAAAGCAGGGGCAGGCACAUUAAGUUAGGUGGCAAUUAUCUUUCUCUGGGACAACCAUAUUUAAUAUUCAGACACUUUUGGAUUUGGCUGCCGAUGUUGCAUUUUGAAAUAACAGUUGCAUACCAAUAAUAAUAGACCCUGCAUUUGAUGGAAAAGUCCCAAUUUCUUGAACCUCCCAAUCCAAAUUCAGUUUCAAAUAAUUUCCUUAGGAGUAGGAGUAGGCAUGAUUACAGUGUCAGACUUUUUUGGGUUGUUGUUAUCACUUCCACCUAAUGGCCUGUUUUGUACUCUUACAAAAUCCAGCAGGGCACUUGUCAGUUUCCUCUUUCUAACUGAAUUUAAAACUGUUGGUUAGACCCAGUGUUCUGGCUGUAGGGAGGCUGGCAGUGUGAGUGGAGCGAGUGGCUGUGCUCUGAACAGCGGCCAUGGAAGUCGCAAGGGCAGCCAGAGCUAUUGGCUGUGCCAUGUUUCCUGAGGCAGCCUUCCCCAUAAACGUAGGUAUUUUAAUGCUGGUGAUUAGGAGAAUCUGGCAUUUGGGAGUAAGGUCCUGAGAUCUAAUCUUUUGUUUGAAAACGUGCAACAUUACGUUUUUAUGUCAUGCCCUUAAUACACAGUCCUACCACAAAAGCUUCCCAAAGAAGAGCCAAUUUCAAACUGGAGAGGAAAGGAUUUUAUGAUGCCAUUUAACUGAGAAGGCACUUAAAUGUAAUAGAUUAGGACAAGGAACAAAACAGAUGAGGCAGUAGCAAAAGAUUGACCCCAAAAUGUUGACCUUAGCUUCUAAACAUUACCUUCAAUAACCUGAAUUUUGAGUAGUCAUUCUGUUUCAGAAUUGGUACAAUGAAGAACUGUGAUCUCUUCAAAUUUGCCUAUUGGGGAUGGUGGAAUAUGAUUUUAUUCAAUUACCAUGAAACUGUUUAAAUAAUCCGUUAUAUGUUCUGCAUACUGUGUUACUUUAAAGAUAUUUUCUAUUGUCCUUAUAUUCCCCAAGAACCUUUAUUGCUGGUCUGUGCUUCUGUAUGUGUGAGUGAGGGAUCAAAAGACAAGUAGCAUCAUCUUGAAUUUGUGGAUAGGUUUGAAUCUUAUGAUUGAACCAUGGUUUAACUCAUCACUUCCCAACAUUUAAGCUGUCUACUCAAUGACAAAUGGAUUCUUUGAGAAGUAAAUGCUGCAGGAGGCUUCUGGGGGAGAUUAGUGUUGGUCUAUGUAGGAACAAGAGCUAUGUUAGAAAAAUCUUCAGUGAAAUAUUUGUUUCAGAUAAUUGUGCUUAGUGUGUGGGAAAGUUGUAGGUAGAUGAAAGGAGACCAGUGGGGAACAAGGCUGGGCUUUCUUUACUAUAGCUGAGAGAUGUAUCUGAAAAUAGAUGCUCUACACUAAAAAAAGAUAAAGGAUAUCCAAUAAUAUAACUAUUUAAAGGAAAAUUUUCUGUAAUUUACCCAUUAUAAGCUAAUUGGAAGAGUCCCAGUACACUAGCUAAGGGACUGCCACAAAGGGUAGGGCUUGGCAGUUCCUACUGCUGAGAAAGGCUUAUGCACUCUUUGUUCCUACAUUGAUCUAUGUAUGCCAGCUUUAGUUCUCCUUAUAAAUAUAAUUCCCCCAUCUAUUGGAUAUUGAUUGAUACUUAAUGACAUUUUUAUGUCUCAAGAUUAGAGUGAGAUCUAUUAUUUAGAAUACAAUAACCAUUUUAAUAUUUUUAGUAUAUGUCUAAAGUAAUUUAUUGUUUCAUUAACACAUCAGAAUGUAUCUUCAUUUUGGGAAUUUUAAAUAAUACAAAUAUUGAAAAAAGGAAGUAGAAGAAAAAGAAGGCUCUGAGCUUAGGAGUUGGAUGGAUUGACAUUGAAUUUUUUUUUUUUUAAGAUUUUAUUUAUUUUAUUUGAGAGUUACAGACAGUGAGAGGGAGAGACAGAGAGAAAGGUCUUCCUUCAGUUGGUUCACUCCCCAAAUGGCCGCAAUGGCUGGAGCUGCGCCGAUCCGAAGCCAGGAGCCAGGUGCCUCUUCGCAGUCUCCCAUGUCGUUGCAGGGACCCAAGCACUUGGACCAUCUUCCGCUGUUUUCCCAGUGCAUAGCAGAGAGUUGGACUGGAAGAGGAGCAGCCAGGACUCGAACUGGUGUCCAUAUGGGCUGCCAGCGCCGCAGACAGAGGAUUAAUCUAUUGCACCAAGUGAGCAUGUUUUUGAACACAUUAACACCGAAGUUCUAUGUGGCCCUGACAGGCACGUCUUCACUAAUAUCAGGGCUUAUUUUGAUAUUUGAAUGGUGGUAUUUUCGCAAGUAUGGAACAUCAUUCAUUGAACAAGUCUCAGUAAGCCACUUGCGCCCUCUUCUGGGAGGGGUUGACAACAACUCCUCCAACAAUUCUAACUCCAGUAAUGGGGAUUCAGAUUCCAACAGGCAAAGUGUCUCAGAAUGCAAAGUAUGGCGAAAUCCACUAAAUUUAUUUAGGGGUGCUGAAUAUAAUCGAUAUACGUGGGUGACAGGACGAGAACCUCUCACCUACUAUGACAUGAAUCUUUCUGCCCAGGACCACCAGACAUUCUUUACCUGUGACUCGGACCAUCUACGUCCUGCGGAUGCAAUAAUGCAGAAAGCCUGGAGAGAGAGAAACCCUCAAGCUAGGAUUUCUGCAGCACAUGAAGCCUUGGAGAUAAAUGAAAUUAGGUCCAGAGUUGAAGUUCCCCUAAUUGCUUCCUCUACCAUCUGGGAGAUAAAAUUGUUACCAAAGUGUGCAACUGCUUAUAUUCUUUUGGCUGAAGAGGAAGCAACAACCAUUGCUGAAGCAGAAAAACUGUUUAAGCAGGCCCUGAAGGCUGGAGACGGCUGUUACCGGCGUUCUCAACAGCUACAGCAUCAUGGAUCUCAGUACGAAGCCCAACAUAGACGAGACACCAAUGUCUUGGUCUACAUCAAAAGAAGGCUAGCAAUGUGUGCCAGAAGACUCGGGAGGACCAGGGAAGCAGUGAAAAUGAUGAGAGAUUUGAUGAAGGAGUUCCCUCUGCUGAGCAUGUUCAACAUCCAUGAAAACCUGUUAGAAGCGCUUCUGGAGCUACAAGCGUAUGCUGACGUCCAGGCCGUCUUAGCAAAGUAUGAUGAUAUAAGCUUACCAAAGUCGGCAACAAUAUGCUACACAGCUGCCUUGCUCAAAGCAAGAGCUGUCUCUGACAAAUUCUCUCCCGAGGCUGCCUCGCGGCGGGGCCUGAGCACAGCCGAGAUGAACGCAGUGGAGGCCAUUCACAGAGCUGUGGAGUUCAACCCUCACGUGCCAAAGUACCUACUAGAAAUGAAAAGCUUAAUCCUACCCCCAGAACAUAUCCUGAAGAGAGGAGACAGUGAAGCAAUAGCAUAUGCAUUCUUUCAUCUUGCCCACUGGAAGAGGGUGGAAGGGGCUUUGAACCUUUUACAUUGUACGUGGGAAGGCACUUUUCGGAUGAUCCCUUAUCCCUUGGAAAAGGGGCACCUAUUUUAUCCUUACCCUAUCUGUACAGAAACAGCAGACCGAGAGCUGCUCCCAUCUUUCCAUGAAGUCUCAGUUUACCCAAAGAAGGAGCUUCCCUUCUUCAUUCUCUUUACUGCUGGAUUGUGUUCCUUCACGGCCAUGCUGGCUCUCCUGACACAUCAGUUCCCGGAACUCAUGGGAGUCUUCGCGAAGGCUAUGAUUGACAUUUUCUGCUCGGCAGAGUUCAGGGACUGGAAUUGCGAGAGUAUUUUCAUGCGUGUUGAAGAUGAUCUGGAAAUGCCGCCGGCUCCUCAAUCUCAACAUUUCCAAAAGUGAACUCAUCACCCUUCUCCCCCCACCACCAAAACAGUUCCUCCUCCCGUAUUCCUGACCUCUACCAGUGGCCCUGCCAUCCACCCAAUUAGUCAAGCCAGCACCUCGGCAGGCCUCCCAAAUUCUGCCCUCCCUCAAUCCCUGCAUCCCAUCGCUCUCGGCCUUCCCAGCUGUCAGUUCUAACCUCCUAAGCAACUAGGCAUCCGACGAGUGUGAUUUCCCUCUUCCUUUUCUCCUCCUUGCCCCACUGCAUCUCGUUCAGGCUAGGUCCUUGUUACUUCUUGCCUGGACUCCCCCAAUGGUCUUCACUGAUCUCCUUGCUUCUAGGCUUAUUCUUUGCAGGUCUUUCUUCCAUACUGACAGAAGAAUGAUCUUCCUAAAUUGAAAAUCUGAGCAUGUCACUUCGCUGCUUGAAUUUCUCCAAUGGUUUCCCACCCAUUUCAGGAUCAAGUCCCAGAUCUUUCGCAUGGCCUCCAAGGCCCUUUAUCAUCUGGCCCUUGCUUGCGUCUUCAGCCUCCUCUCUCCCAACUCUUGCACUGACACUGCUCUUCGAGCAAAUGAAUUACUCACCAUCCUCAGCCGCACCAGGAGCUUGCACAGCUCGGUGCCUUUGCACGUGCUAUUUGCAUAGAAUGCUCUUCAUUGUCACCACCCCAUCUCAUCCACUCUACUAACACCUCUUCGUUCUUUCAUACUCAGCUUUCUUUAAAUGUCUCCUGAGCUGAGUCAGGUGUCCCUGUGUGAUCCCACAGUAUUCCAUGGAUACGUAUAUUAUCACAUUUAUUAUACUAUGUAUUAUAAUUGUUGAAAACUUGUGUGUCCAUCUAUAGAAUGUGAGCUCCUUGAGAGCAGAACUGUGUCUUCCUCAUCUCUGUAUCCCCAAAGCUUUGCACAGUGCCUUGCACAUAGAUUUUUAAUAAAUGAUGAUUCAAUAAAUAAACGGUAGUGGUCUCUGCAGAAAGAACCAAUGUCAAGAUCAGAGAAGGUUCACCAUUCCUUUUCUUUUUUUGCGCUUAGAGUCAUGGACUCUUAGAGUUGAAAGGACCUUAAACAGAUUGCCUUCAACAGGAACGCCCAGUGGAGGCCUUCUAGACCCAUCUCGAAUACUUUCAGUGAUGGGGAGCUCAUUGACUUAACAGCAAAGCCAUUUCGUUGUUGAAUUACUUGGAAUUCUUCAUGAUACUACUAAAAUCUGCCUCUCUUACAUUUCUACCUAUUAUUUUUAUUCUGCCAAAUAAUUCAACUUUCUCUUUGAAGUUCUUAAGACAGCUCAUCUAUUCACAGCCCCCUUCUCUUUCGUCCAGGCUGAAUAUUUUAAAUUUCCUUAAGUCUUCUGUAUGUGAUGGAUUUCUAACCUCAGUAUCACCCAGAUUGCCACCUUGGAUGUUGCUUAGUUAAUGGGUCUGCACUGUUUGUUAUUUUCAUCUACUCUCUUACCAAUCUCUGAGUAAAAAUAGUUGCCAAAAUUCUGAAGUUAAAGUGUAAGCUCAGUGGAAUGUGAAUACGAAUAUAUGUACAUUAGACAGUUACCGUUCCACCUUGUUUCUCCCUUACACAUGUUUUAGAGCAUAUUUGUGUAAGAAUGCCUUAGGUCCAACAGUGGUGUAGCACUUGGGAGUUUGGGUUAAGUACAGAGAUUCACAGCCUCCAGUGUGCAUAGAUUUCACCUGGCCAUGCCACCAGAAAACAAGAAUCUUGAGCGUUAAUCCCUAGGAAGCUGUAUUUAUAACCAGGCCCAGGGGAUUCUGAGGACGGAGGUUGGUGAUUGGUCUCAGCAACGCCGAACCUUAGAGCAACCGUUGGCAGCCAUGUGCUGGCAGAGCUGCUCGGUGACAGCGUCACGGGACACAGUGGUUUCAGUCUGGCUGUGCCUUGGAGCCACUGAGGGCACUUCACAGUGACUGAUACCUGCUCCCACUUCAGACUUGAUUGGUCCAGGGCACAGCCUAAGGUUGUCAGAGGCUGGGCAGUGACUCAGACUGUGUGACCAGGGCUGAGAACCAGCACACUGAAUGACAUCACUGAUCGCCCCGGAGUUUAAGCAGCAAGAGCACUGGGAGGGGAGGGGCUGGGGUGGGGCAGCUGGUGAGUAGAAAACUGCGUGGGUGUGCAGCCCUCUCUCCAGAGUCCUGGAUAGGCACGUUUGUAAUGGAGGUUAAAGGAGAGGCCAUUAUCCUCGUUUACUAUUUCCAAGCCUUUGGUUUUUCACUCCAGGAGCAAAUGAUUUUAUGAAACAUACAUCCACCUUUAGGGUCUGCAUGUUUCUCUGUGAUAGUUUGAUCAGUUGUCCGUAAGUUUCAAAGGUCAUUUAAGUAGGCUUGCUCUGGAGCCUCUGAGUGGAGGCUCCCAUUCAUCUCGUUAGGGUCUAGCAGUCUCCAGCAGGUCUGGGGAGACUUGUGGGGAAGGAAGAUGGAUGGCCUGAGAGAGACAAGCCACACCCCGGCCCCGCCCCCAGCAUCUUCUCCGCAUCCUCCUCACUGUCACUGCAUCAGGCCCAUCCUGAAGCCCCCACCCUGCACCCCACGGGUUAUCACAGCUGCCCUAAAGGCCAUUUGCAGCUUGUGAAAAUGAUUUUCUCAGCCUUCUCCCGAGAUAAUGUCCCUGGGAUAAUGACUUGGAGUAGAGGCAGGCAGAUUGCACUGCCACCCGCCAGGCUGCGCAGCCUGGGAACCCUGCAGUGUGUUUAUACAUUGGUCUGCAGCCAGCAAGGAAGCUGACAGUGACGGGAGAGCCACUGGAAAACAGUCAAAGGAGAGGUUUCAACGGCCGCCCCGCCCCCACAUGAUCAACUUCAAUGACUUAGGACCAACUCUUCCUAGAAUGUUUAGGUACCUAGAUAAGGCUGCUCAUAUAAAUAAGUUACACCCAACUCACCCCUCACAGAAUGCAGGAAGGUCCCAGUCUGACCUUCUGCUCUCAAGGGCCCCGUCCCUAUCCCUCUGGUCUCUCUCCUCCCCGGAGAUUGAGCUCCCUGACUUCUGACUCUCAUCUUCACUUAUAGGCCCUGACCUCUUUGAAGUCUGAUAUUGAUUACAGUGAAAUGUCAAUUGUCUGAUGGCACCAGGGCACCUGGAACGUAUUCAGAUAAGCAGAGGCAUUCCGGACGUGCAUGCAGCCUGUUGGGAGCCCUGACCUCCUUCUAAGUGAUGCUGUUUCAGGAAAAGGAGGAUCAGGCGAUUGAAGUGUCACUCUCUCUUUUUUAUUAGCUGAGUUGCUUUUUCUCACCACACGACAUUGAUUGAAUUAUGGGGCGCUUUGGUUAGAGAUCUGACCGUGUGUCUCUGCCCUCUGAACAGAAGUUUUCGACAUUGAGAUAGAUGGGCUGUUUCAGGGUUGCCUGGUGUUGCUCAUUCAGACUUAACUUUCCAGGCAAUAAAUUUCUCCCCGAGUCCAGAAGUGUAUGUGCCGUUUCUCUUCGUGUAUUGGUUGGGUCUCAGGCAAAGUUGUAAUGACUAAUUUUCAAACGUGUGACAAAGUACAACUAAGCAUAGCGAGCAAGGCAUGCCCCUUCAAACUUUUAAAAAUGCUACCAGAUGAAGGCCGUGGGUGUUUAUCUGGUUACCAAAUGGAAGUGUUUAGGAGCUUCGGAUGCCCUACUAGCGUGUGCGCUUCCUCCUCGUGGUGUGGGACGGAGAGGAAGACGUGGGGCAGUGUGCUAGGAAGAAGGCGGCUUAUUUGAAGACAGUAAAUUAGGCUCUCUAGGAUAGAGUUCAAAGGAGUCUUGCCCAAUUCCCCAAAGAAUGGAGCAUCCUGGAUGUGAAGGAGAGACGUAAUGCAUUCCAUGCAUUUUAGACAUUGGGACUUAAUUCUCUUGUGAAACCUUGUUGAGAAUAGCAAGUGUCAUAUAGGACAGAACAGUCCGUUGCGUCUCACUGUGCAGCGUGGGAAGAGCUGGCAGCUAUGGAUGUCAAAGAGAGUGGAGCACUCCUCUUGAUUUGGGGCUUUUUUAUUCAAGUUAAGUCAGUGCCCAAAACAAAGCAAAUCAAGAAAAAAUGCCUUUAUCUUGAACUAACCCUGUAACAUCUUCCCAUUUAUUCUGCACCUGAGGUUGAGGCGCCUGAUGUCCCCACAUUCUAGUGUGUGAUGACUUUGAGGGACACCUGUCCUCUGACUGCACUGGCUCAUGCCUCAUAUCCAGCAGUUCCUUCCCCACUCUGUCACAAAUUCAGCAGUUCUGAAUCUGUUUUUGGUCAAGUCUUUAGGAUACGAUAACUUCACCAGCAGUAUCUCCUUGUUUAUUGAGCCCCAUCUUCUAACACCUGUUGGAAUCUCUGGCUUAUCCAGACCACUUAAGCACUUAUCUCCUCUUAAUAGAGUUGAGUAUUAUGGGCAAAUGCUAUGGUUUAUUGAGCCUUGUCAUUUUCUGAUUAUAUGUGUGUGUAUGUGUUUGAAAGGGACAUGUAAUACAACACAUCCAUAACUGUGUAUAUACACAAGGGAUAAAAGUUCAUGGGAAAUGGAAUUAAAAGAUAGCUUUAUUUUGCUGCAAAAAAAUUUGAAAUCCAUGCAUAUGAGGUCUUUUAAAAGUUCAUAGAAAAUAUGCAAUUUCUUUUAGUUUUGUACCAAAAUAAAUCAUUGAAUUCCAUUCUUCUACAAACUUUUUGAAGUACCUUCAUAUAUAUAUGUUUAUGCUUAAUUCUAAAAUGUUACCGUAGUGGAAAUUUCAGCACUAGGCUUGUUCCACAUUCAUUAUCUUCACAUCACCAGGAUUUUACAACUACUUUCAGAGGCAGCUGGGGCAGUAAGUACUCAUUUCUGGAUUCAGUGUCUCCAUCAUUGUCUCCUAACUGCUUCAACAAUGGUACCCAGUCUAGUUCUAAAAUGUGUAAAGAGAUAGGUAGUCCAUCCAGUUGGGUGAGCAUCCCAAGGACAUCAAAAACUGCCACACACUUAACACUCGUCUGAAGACAGGACUUCCCUGCUUUUGCUCAAGCACAAACAUGGCUGUCUGCUCCUUAGCUGCAACCCAGCCUCACGGUCAAGGCCCUCCCAGCCGCCUCCUGACCCACUCUUAAACUCAACCUCUAAGUGUAUCAACUAAACAGAGCCACUUUGUCUCUGCUGGUCAUCUCCUUUGCUUCUCCUUUUCUGUUGAGGCUGUCUGUUGAGCCUGUAGGGCCCACCCUGCUCAUGUUUUUCAUCCAUACCCCAUCUCUAUCUCUUGAUUCCCCAACCAUCCAUUGGGAUCUCUUGCAGUUGCCUCACUUACAUCUUUCAACAUUCCUUUUCUGAACCUUCCUGGUACUUUCUUUGGGCUUCUGUCCUGUGUGGCUAUCCUGCUUGGCCAAUCUGGUCAUUAUUUGGCUCUGCCAAGGUCUUAGUGGCCCUGCUCCCUCCACCAGUGGGCCUUGAGCUUCUUCACCAGGGUAGGGAGGUGGGGGCAUUGUCCUCCAGGCUCUUACACUUGCCCAGGGCUCAAGUGCCUUACUGAGUAAAUAUAUUUAAUUGACAUAAACGAUAGAUUGGAAGUGGAUUCCAAAUUUACAGUAACCUGAGUUUCCUUCAUGCAAAUCUCAAACUUGGUGAUCAAGCUAUAAUGUGUUACAGGCCUUCUCAGUAUGCGUUCUACUUGUCUUUAAAAAAAAGAAAAAAGAAAAAUUCUGCAGUCAGUGAAUUUGGGAAACUUGCCCACCAUACGUCUUCUUGAGGACCCAAGAUCCAUAAAAUGUGUGACCAAGCAUACAUAGCAUCAUUAAGUGUACUCUCCACUGAACUUGUCUGAUUGCAGAACCACAUCCCCUCUGCACGUGAUACACACGCUCUGUAUUGUCCUGUGGGCAGUUCUGGGAGGUGUAGACAAAGCUGUGCUGUGAGCAGGGGAUUAGGAGAGAGGAUUCGACAGUUGAACCACGUGUUGAACCAGAGUGGGAUACUUUGGUUCUGAAGAGAGGUCAAGGAGACCGUCCAUGUACCCUUCUCUUCCCUGAAUGGGAUGGGGCCACCCCCUACUACCACCAAGAGAAGUCUGACUCUUGAAAGCCGUAGCUAAUGAGCAUUAUUCUCUACAUGGAAAGAAGAAGGAAUUUAGUAGCCAAAUGGUGGUCUCUGAAUGGUCGCUCAGAGCAGCUCUUUCAACAAGACACGUCCUGCCUGGAAUAGCCAGCCUGCUGCUUUCCCUGCAGCUCCUGGGGUGCCUGCUGCCACACAGCUGGUUCGGAAAUAAGCAGGGCUGCACAGGUGUUUGAGAGACAACAGGAUCCCAAAGCAAUUUACGUACAACAAACUUGACUUUGUAAAUUGCCACUUCCACUUAAAAGCGCUAAACUCAGAUGCAUGGGCAGGUGGUCUAAACUGUCGUCUUUCCAAAGUCUUCAGCCCACCUUGCCACCCAUCUGUCAUGCCUGUUUGAUGACACCUGUCAUCUUCAUGGGCAGCCAGCAUAUCCCAAAGCUGAGUGGGUCGACCUGGGCACCGCAGGCCAGCUGUCUGCGGACACUGCUCCCUUAUCUCCUGGGACAGGUGGUGGGGGCUGGAAUGUGGCUCUGCCCAUCAACCAGUGCUUCCUAUAAAGGUCAAGAUGAGAUUGCAGCCUACAGACUUGCGUAAUACAGACUUGGGAUGCACGCAUGGGUCGGAGAGGUGCGUUGCAUGUUUGUGGACAAGGUCACCCCUGACUGCCCUGUCUUUCUGGUUUCUUUGCAGUUCCUCAGCACUUUGUUUGCCCCCUUAAACUUUGUCAUGGAGAAGGUGGAGAGCAUCCUCCCAUCCAGCCUGUGGCACCAGCUCA